AUGCUUCAUCCAAUCCUCGACAUUAGCGGUUUCAAUGUCGCUACUACGUUCGCUGGCAUAUUCCUACUUGGUUUUGGGUUCAUCUCGUUGAAGAUUAAGCAACGAUGGUACCUUGGAGAAGCAUUGCCUGCAUUUAUUUUCGGUGUUUUACUUGGCCCGUUCACCACAAAUCUGAUACGUGUGAGCGGAUGGAGCAAUGGAGGUGAUGGGGAGGAUGUCGGAGGCGUCGCCUAUGCAUUGGCGCGUCUGGUCCUCGGGAUUCAGAUGAUCAAAGUCGGAUACGAGCUGCCGAAGCGAUAUCUACGUCGGCGCCUGGUUGAGCUAACCAUUUGCCUACUCCCAUUAAUGGCAAUACAAUGGCUAGCUACAUCAGCAUGCAUCAAGUUGAUGAUCCCCCAUUUAACUUUCUUGACAGCUUGUAUCAUCGGAUCCUGUGUCAUCUGUAUAGACCCCGUCUUGUCUCAAGCGAUCGCAAAGGGCCCCUUUGCGGAUAAAUAUGUUCGACGACACCUUCGAGAAUUUAUUUCGGCAGAAGCGGGUGGAAAUGACGGAUUCGGAUUUCCUUUCCUUUUACUCUCGAUUGCGCUACUGCGGUACGAUGAAGCCCCGGAAAACGGCGCGGGGCCGAUGAGACGUGAUUGGAUCGGAGAGACCGAUGCUGGUCGGUUUGGCGGCGACGUUGGUCGUGCAUUAGCUCAUUGGGCAGUGGAAGGGGUUUUGUACAUGAUAAUGAUGGGCUCGGGGUAUGGUCUAUUCGCAGGAUUUGUCGGUCGGAAAGGCUUGAAUCUGGCUUCCAACAGAAGAUGGAUCGAUAAGGAGAGUUUUGUGUUAUUUCCAGUUGCCCUUGGACUGUUCAUCGUUGGCACUUGUGGCUGCUUUGGAACUGACGAGACCCUCGCUUGUUUUAUCGCGGGAUGCACGUUGAAUUGGGACGGGUUGUACCAUUCCGAAAUCGAGGCAAGACAUGAUUCGUUCAACUCCUCUAUUGAGACGGUGCUAAAUUUCGGCACGUUCGUCUUUCUUGGAGCCGUUAUGCCGUGGGAUCAGCUCCAUAUGCCCCAUGUAACCGGAAUUACGGUUGCGCGAUUGGUCACAUUGGGCAUACUGAUUGUAUUGUUCCGACGAAUCCCUGCCAUAAUGCUUGGCUAUCGGUUCAUGCCGAAGGUCUGCAGGGAUUGGAAGGAAGCUCUAUUUAUGGGCUACUUCGCCCCGAUAGGCAUUGGAGCAAUUUCUUACGUUGAAUAUGCGCGCCGACUGCUUCCAGAUCCCGGGCAAAGCGACGCCGAGAUUAAUGAUUUGACCGCAGCCAUGAUUCCAGUGGUCUACUGGCUAGUUUUCUUCUCGAUUGUCGUCCACGGCCUUUCAAUCCCAGUGUUGAACAUUAUCUACAAAUGGCUACGGGUCCCUGUUAUCCACGACCACCCUGUGGAGAUUUUGUUGUUAUCGGAGAAUGAGCCCCUACCCAAUAACAGUGUCGUGAAUCGGCAAGCCCACCACGUCACAGUAAACAAUCGCUUUUCCUGCAUCUCCAAUCACACCGAAGGGUCGGAGCUCGGUAAUAGUCACCAGGAAGACUCGGACACUAUCAGAAUGAUUUUGCGAUCGAGUAACCAGGGCCGAGACACUUGUUCUCUAGCGCGAAGCUCAACAAAGGGGUCCUCACGCCAAGUUGAGCAGAUCGAAGCUGGAGAAAUGGUUUGA